AUGGCUCCUCAUCUCUCCCUUCUUCUUCUGUUCCACGCAAUCUGGUUUGCUCCUGUUGACGCGCGGCCUCCAUACGAACUCAUGAAAGUUCCAUACCAACUGAAUCAAACCGGAAACGCAAUCGAGCAGGUCUUUCUUGAGUAUCAAUGUCAUACUGGUGUGUUUGAACUUCUCACCUUUAAAAUGUAAUCUUAAGAAUUUUAGUUCAGUACGACGAGAACGUUUCCAUCAACAUGACCGUUGUCUCUUCCGACUUCAUUUCGUUCUCCGCGGACAAAUGCGGAAAACGAAUUUUCGAAACCACGGAAGACAUUAAAAAUGCCACGUACAUCUUGAGUAAAGAGUGGGUCGAGACGAUCUUAACAGGAAUCGCAAACCAGUGCACCUUGAUGACCGAAUACGCGUAAGUCUCACUGCUUAGAAUCAGAGAAGUUCUUGUUUUUCCUUGGUGACGGUCCAUAGGGAGCUCUUUUAAGGCUGUAACUGAAAAUGUUCAAAAAAAUUCCGAAGUUUCGGCAUUUUCUAGAAUUGUCUUCCAGAACACCCUCCCUUGUGAGUGAGUGAAUCAGUUUUCAGUGUGAACUUUACGAUCGGAUGCACAGGUCCGUGCAAUGGCACAAUCUUCUUUGACAUUAUUCCCAACGAAGUGGAGGAGCCGGAGUCAUUCGAAGCGCGAUCGAAUCCACGAGAGGGAAUCAUUCCAAUCCGUACAGUCGGAGGAAGUGUUCCGACGAUUGUCUCCUCUGACAUUGGGUUUGUAAUUGAAGCUGGUUGGUAAACUUAUAACAGUUUACGUUUGGACACUUUUGCUUUCAGUGUUUAUGAAUGCUCGCCUGCGGAUUGAACUCGACGUCGAGUACACAACCAACUACACUCUUGCCAUUGGAAAGUGCGGAAUGGAAAUGUUGCGAAUCCAGGGAGAUGGCACACGUAAAAAGCACGUUCUUGGAUGGGAAGAGAUAAAACUCCUUCGAAUUGUGAAGAGUACGCAAUGUGCCGAGUCUAUGUCCGACACGUGAGUUUGUUUGUUUUCGGACCCGAAAAAUAAUUGAUUUCAUUUCAUUUUUUCAGUAUCGACUACAUCAUGACGUCGGAGAAGAGUGGAAACGGAAGCAUUGCAUUCCUGAUGGCCAGAAGUCAUAAGAAGCUGGAGCACCAUCCGGGGAAUGAGUUCGAGUCCAUGGAGUUGGCACGUGGAUUCCCGAAGCACAAGAAGCCGAAAGCAGAUGAGUCAAAGGCCGGAACAUCGACUUCUUCGGGACUUGUUGCGAGUUUUCUGUUCCUUUACGAAUUGUUUGCGCUGUAA